AUGCAAUUAUUUGUCAAAACACUCACUGGAAGAACUAUCACUUUGGAAGUUGAAUCUAAUGAUUCAAUUGAAAAUGUGAAAAGAAAAGUACAAGAUAAGGAAGGAAUUUCACCAGAUCAACAAAGACUCAUCUUUGGUGGAAAACAAUUGGAAGAUGGAAGAACUAUUGGUGAUUACAAUCUUCAAAAGGAUUCAACUCUUCAUUUAGUAUUGAGAUUGAGAGGUGGUUGA